CGCGGCGGCCCUAGCGACGCGGUUACUAGGGAGCGGCGAGCCGAGACGGCUACAUGGACGCCACUACCGCCCCGCACCGUAUCCCCCCCGAGAUGCCCCAGUACGGGGAGGAGAACCACAUCUUCGAGUUGAUGCAGAACAUGCUGGAGCAACUACUGAUCCACCAGCCCGAGGAUCCCAUCCCCUUCAUGAUCCAGCACUUGCAUAGAGACAACGACAAUGUGCCCAGGAUUGUAAUAUUAGGUCCACCCGCCUCGGGGAAAACAACAAUAGCAAUGUGGCUCUGCAAACAUCUGAACAGCAGUCUCCUCACCCUGGAGAACCUGAUCUUAAAUGAGUUUUCCUAUACGGCCACCGAAGCCAGAAGGCUUUAUCUGCAAAGGAAGACAGUUCCCAGCGCGCUGCUCGUCCAGCUGAUUCAGGAACGCCUGGCUGAAGAGGAUUGCAUCAAGCAGGGCUGGAUUCUGGAUGGCAUCCCUGAGACGCGUGAGCAGGCUCUGAGGAUCCAGACCCUGGGGAUCACACCCAGACACGUCAUCGUGCUGAGCGCUCCAGACACGGUCCUGAUCGAGAGAAACUUGGGGAAGAGAAUCGACCCUCAAACUGGAGAGAUUUAUCACACCACCUUUGACUGGCCACCCGAAUCUGAAAUCCAGAACCGUCUCAUGGUGCCAGAGGACAUCUCAGAGCUGGAGACGGCUCAGAAACUGCUGGAGUAUCAUAGGAACAUCGUCAGGGUCAUUCCCUCCUACCCCAAAAUCCUCAAAGUCAUCAGUGCUGACCAGCCAUGUGUGGACGUCUUCUACCAGGCUCUGACCUAUGUCCAAAGCAACCAUCGUACUAAUGCCCCGUUCACCCCGAGGGUGCUGCUGCUCGGGCCUGUGGGCAGUGGGAAAAGUCUGCAGGCCGCCCUCCUGGCCCAGAAAUACAGGCUUGUCAACGUCUGCUGUGGGCAACUGCUGAAAGAGGCUGUGGCAGACAGGACCACGUUUGGCGAGCUCAUCCAGCCCUUCUUUGAAAAGGAGAUGGCAGUUCCUGACAGCCUCCUCAUGAAGGUGCUGAGCCAGCGCCUGGACCAGCAGGACUGCAUCCAGAAAGGCUGGGUGCUACACGGUGUCCCGCGGGACCUGGACCAGGCACACCUGCUGAACAGCCUGGGCUACAAUCCCAACAGGGUGUUUUUCCUGAAUGUGCCAUUUGAUUCCAUCAUGGAGCGGCUGACUCUGAGAAGAGUUGAUCCAGUCACUGGGGAAAGGUACCACCUCAUGUACAAGCCACCUCCCACCAUGGAGAUCCAGGCUCGCCUCCUGCAGAACCCAAAGGAUGCUGAAGAGCAGGUCAAGCUGAAAAUGGACCUGUUCUACAGGAACUUGGCUGACUUGGAGCAGUUGUAUGGGUCGGCCAUCACCCUCAAUGGGGACCAGGACCCAUACACAGUCUUUGAAUACAUCGAGAGCGGAAUCAUUAAUCCCUUGCCCAAGAAAAUCCCCUGAUGGGUUCAGAGCCAGGAGCGCUGCCCCAGGGAAAGAGUUAAUCCCCUGCCCCCAGCCCCCCAGCCUCGGCACAGCUCCCCUAAAAAGCCAAUAAAGCCUGCUGGAUACAGUCUCAUA